AUGCUGCGAUCUGCUCAGGCAGAGGACUGCGUGCUGGACCCAGAGCGUUUGCUGGUUCUUCGUCGUGUGCGGGGAUCGGCACGUGCAAGCUCUGGGAACUGCAGACGUACCUUCCCCUCGACUGCAAAGUGCCUUGAGGCCCGUCAAACAAGAGAGGAGGUGGAAAGACAAGCUCGCGCAGAUUCUUCUGUCGUGGUGAUUCUGCUGCCUCACCGUCACCAGUCGUUAGAUCAAUGCCGGCUCUACAUGGCUGCAACAGGCCAGGUCCAGGUCAAUCCAAGUCAGCGAACGAACACGGGGCACACCAGCCAUCUGAACCUGCUGCUGCAUUCGAAAAUUGCGAGUCUGUGA